UCGUCGAGGCAGCAUGCGGCAACGAUCUGGUGCAUAAACACUGACUUCGUGCAACAUUGCGAUCGUGUACCGUGUGUGUGUGUGUGUUGUGUGAUGUCCUUGGCGAAAGUGUAUCUCGCAAUGUAAGAAAAGAAACCAAAGUGUGUGUGUGUGUCUGUAUGUGUUUUUGUGGGAUAUACAGUGAUCAAAAUCAACUACUUGUGUGUACAGUAAUUUAGACUGGUUAAAAAAAAUCCUCCAACGGAAAUAGCAAAGUAUUGUGUACAGUGUGUUGUGUGUUGCUCAUCUAUAAGCAGUUUUUGGUCGUGUACAGAGGGAAAAAAAAAUACUCGACCUAAUUUAGUGCACAUCUGUGAGUGCCCGAAGUGCUUGUGAUUAUUAGGAGGGUUUUAAAACCCCCUUUUUGCCCGUUUUCGGGCAACCAAACGUUGAAGCUACUCCGCCCGAGACAGCGUCACCUGGUGGCCGGUACGGAAAGCACGGCACCGCUCUGCGCCUGGCGAAGCCGGAGUCGUCCGGUGUGCGGCGGCGGAAUUCAACUUUACGAGUGUCUACCGCAGGCAGUGGGGUGCAAAGUAUUGCGAUCGUUGGAAAGGGCAACCUUCAAUCAAACUGAACACGAAAAACAAACGCCCCCGUAAAGGCGUACAGAUCAAGAGACUAGCAGCGGUUCUUUCCUGAGGUCCUGCUGAAAGUGUAAAUGUGUGCGUGCUUGUUUAUGAGUGUGUGGUGUGAGAUUGAGUUCUGGAAGAAAGUGGCUGAUGUGUGCGGCGUUGCUUAGAUAAGAGGAAGACAUCUUCAACAUUUCUAACAAUCAAAUUGAAAACAUUGCAAAAAAAAAAACUCUGAAGAGUAGUAGUCCCGUUUUGGGAAGCUCACAAUAAUCAUGGACGUUGAAAGUAGUAGCGUGGCGAGUGCUGCCCCCACGACAACUCCCAUCGGACUUGGCACCACUGACGGUGGGUAUCUGUGUGCGGUGGUCAAAGCCGAGCGGCCGGAGGGCACAGAGUCACCGCAAAGCGCCACAGAGCACUGCGCAGCCGAUGGGAUGGCGUUAGCGUCGGCGGAAGUAGUAUCGUCAUCAUCGUCUCCGGCCGACGCGCUCGAGGUCGCCAAACAUUCCGCGGACAGUGGCGAUGAGGAAGUUGUCGGCAACAGCAACAACAGCACGGUGGCGGCACUGCUGACCGAAGGACACAGCCGCUUUCACCAGGCCCGACAGCAGCGCCACAGUAGCAGCAGCAGCAGCGGCGGCGGCGGCGGCAGCGGAAGCAGCAGCAAUCGGCAGCGGGGCGAGCAUCUGCACCAGCUCACCGACGACAUGCUGCGGCGGAAGACGAUGAACAACAACAGCAGCAGCGUGCCGAACAACAACAGCAGCAGCAGCAGCAGCAGCGUGCCGAACAACAACAGCAGCAGCAGCAGCAGCAGCGUGCCGAACAACAACAGCAGCAGCAGCAGCAGCAGCAACCGCGGAGGUGUCGGCAAGCGGUCGCUCGAAUCGACGGCGGAGAUGCUGCUGCAGCAGCAUCGGCGCCAGGCCGCGGCUGGCGGCUCCUCCACGGUUGGCAAGCAGCAGCAGCAGCAGCGGCGCGCCGACGACGAGGACGAGGAAGACGCCGAGCGGACGACGCCGGCAAAGACGACCGAGUACACCUGCCCGAUCUGUAACGCGGUGUCGCACACGCAGCGCGCCUUCACCGAUCAUCUUCGGCUGCACAAUGCCGAGUCCGAGUCGGCGACGACGGCCGUCGCGUCCGCCACCUUCUGCUGCAAGAUCUGCUCGAAGGUGCUGUCGUCGGCGUCCUCGCUCGACCGGCACGUGCUGGUGCACACGGGCGAGCGGCCGUUCAACUGCAAGUACUGCAGCCUCACGUUCACCACCAACGGGAACAUGCACCGGCACAUGCGCACCCACAAGUACCCGUCCGGGCGGGACAGCUUCGAGAGCGAUGCGGGUGGCGUCGGCACCGUCGGCACUGGUGGCGGCGGGUCCUCGUCCGAUGGAAGCGGCGGCGGUGGACACAAAGCUGGGCGUGGACGCGGUGGUCCGCCGGCAGGUCGUCACUAUCGCAAGAAGAAGGAGGAGGAGGAGGUGGACGAGGACGAGGACGCCGACGAGGAGGAGGACUACCGGCAGCCAAAGAAGAGGAAGCGCGCCCUGUUUGAUGCCGGCGAGCAGCAGCAGCAGCAGCAGCAGGACGAGGACGAGGGCGAGUUCGAGGAGGGCGACGAGGAGCUGGUCGGUGGCGGCAAGCGGAAGGCGACGCUGGGAGGCGAUCGGACCGCACAGCAGUAUCGCAAGGUGCGCACCAUCAACAACAACCUGCUCGAGGGCUCGGUGGUGGAGAGCGGCCAGCGCUACUGCUGUCCGGUGUGCGUGCGGAACGAUUUCGCGAGCAUGCUCAGCCUGGAGCAGCACCUCGACCGGGAGCAUCCGACCAUCCCGGCCAAGUGCCGGCACUGCGAGAUCGUGUUCCGCAGCCACAAGGCGCUGAAUGCGCACCGGUGCAGCAACAACAACUACCAGAACAUUACGCCCGGCUUCAAGGAUCUCACGUUCGUCGACUUUUCCAGUGAGAAGUUCCCGCUGAUCGCGAAGAACCUGUGCGAGCAGAGCAUCCGGACGCCGGUGACGAGCCAGAAGUACGAGUGCGGCCGCUGCUACCGGGCCUUCCCGUGCUCCAAGACGCUCUCGAUGCACUCGGCCGACUGCUGCGGAGCGGGCAGUGGAGAGCGCGGUGCCGGCCACGCCGGAGGGCGCCGUCGUAAGCGAGCACCGAGUGAGUCAGACUCGUCCGAUGUAUCCGGCUCGGAUGUGGGCUCGGGCUACGACGGGCGCGGCAAUCAUCGAGCCCUGGACGAGGAGCAGCAGCAGCAGCAGCAGCAGAGGCAUCAACAACACCUUGAGGGGCACCGAGCCGGUCAACAAGGACAGCAGCAACAACAGCAACAGCAGCAACAUCCCGUAGACCUGCGCCGGGAGGACUUCUUCGCCAAUCUGGAUCUGCAGAACCGCUCCAGCACGGUGUCGGAAGCCCCGACGACGCCCUCCUCCCUGGACAAGUCGUUCUCGUCGCCAGUGCCGGCCCUGAAGCAGGAACCGCUCGCUUCGCCGACCGGUGCCGGCGCGACCUCCACCGCCCUGCCCUCCUACUACUCCUCCAACAUGGCACUCUACCACGCGCACCAGCAGCAGCAGCAGCAGCACCAGCAGAUGGUCGACAGCGGCAAGGAUCUGGCCGACAUUCAGUCCAUCCUGAACGUGACCAAGCUGGGCGGAGGCGUCAUUGGCCGCCAGCUGGACGGGGGCAGCCAGACGCCCCUGUCCGGCCUGCUGGACGCGGCCCUGCUCAAGGACGGUGCCGGCAGCGACAGUGGCAUGUACGCCCACUCGACCGGGUCGCGCGACGAGCCGGAGGAGGCGCAGGACGCGUUCACUGCCGAGUUUCGCCGCAUGAAGCUGCGGGGCCAGUUCCCGUGCCGCAUCUGCACCGCCGUCUUCCCGAACCUGCGCGCCCUCAAGGGCCACAACCGGACGCACGUGUCGGCGGCCGGCCCGGGCCCGUACCAGUGCAACAUGUGCCGGUACGUCGUGAGCGACAAGGCGACGCUCGUGCGCCACAUGCGCACGCACAACGGUGACCGGCCGUACGAGUGUGCGAUCUGCAACUACGCCUUCACGACCAAGGCAAACUGCGAGCGGCACCUGCGCAACCGGCACGGCCAGACGACGCGCGAGGACGUGAAGCGCGCCAUCAUCUACCACCCGUCCGAGGAUUCGUCCUGUGACGAUCCGCUCAAGAAGCUGCAGCUGUUCAACACGCCGCCGCUCGACGGUACCUACACGCCGGGGGCGAUGCUUGCGGGCGCUGGCGGCGGUGGUGGUGCCGCCUAUCAGGACGAGCUGGCCGAGGCGCGCAGCAGCACGCCGCUGCCGUCGCAACAGCUCAAGGACAUGCUGAUGCCGCCGCUGCCGCUUAGCUUUGUGCAUCAUCAUCAUCAUCCCCUGCUCGACACCAGCCUGCUGCUGCAGACGCCCCCGAGCGGGGGCGGCGGCAACGGUGCCGGCGGUGCGUUCGGCUCAAGCGUGGCCGCCAAAAUACAGGUGAAAAGCUUGGAAAAGCUGAACCAGCUAACGCCCCCGCAGGACGAGGACGAUGCGCUCGACGAGGACGACGACGAGGGGCAAGAGGAAGAGGAGGAGGAGGAGCAGGAGGAGGAGGAGCACGACGGCGGCGGCGAGCCGUUGGAGCAAAAGCCGACACUGUUGGGCAAGAAGGCGUCGGCAGAGGACGCAGCCGUGCCGUCGCACCGUGCCGGAAAGCAGUCGGCAGUGGAGGCCGCGACCGUGCACCCGCGGCCAAUCGAUCUGAGUAUGGAUGCGCUCGAUCUGAGCAAGAAAUCGACCGUCGCUGGUAACCGCAAGGCCGCCGCCGCCGCCCCGACACUCUCGACCGACGGUGAGGAGGAGGACGAUGACACGAUGGCGGCCCAGCUGCACCAGCUGCGCCACCAGCAGCGCGGCCACAACGGGGUGGAGGGCGAGGCGCGCAAGCAUGCGGCCAGCGGCGGCACCAAAGCUCAGCAGCCGCUGCCGAAGGAGCCGGCCGAGCUGGACGAGGGCAGGGCGGAGCUGCCCAAGCUUUCCAAGGUCAAUCUCGCCCAGCAGCAGCAACAGUUCCAGCUGUUCAACGACACGUUCGCGAAGCUCGAUCCGAUGAACUUCUUCCAGUUCUACCAGCUGUACAACUCGUUGCAGCUGCCCUCCUUCCCGCUGCACGCGUCCCCCUUCCUGCAGAACCACAUGCUGGCGGGGUCGGCGGCCGCGCUUGGCGAGCUGUUGAGCAAGGACUUUGGGCUCGGCGCACUGCCGAACCUUGCCGCAGCGGCGGCUGUCUCGGCAGCUGCCGCUUCGACGGGCGGCAGUGGCGGCGGCGGCGGCGGCGUCGGUCGCCAUCCCCAUCAUCCGCUGCUGGGGAACCCGUUCUACCCACCGCCGCUGACUGAUACGCCCCCGAACAGCGUUACCAAGUCGGGCGACUGUCUCGAGCUGGGGACGGCCGCCACCGUGCCCACGCCGAAGCAGCUGCUAACGCCUUCUUCGCCCUCGCCGCUGGCGACACCGAUCGACGGCGGGAGUGGGUCGUGCGGUGGCAGCACCGGCCUGACCAACAAGCAGCUCACCUCGCUGCAGCAGCAGCAGUCUCGCGGGGCCAGCGGGUCGCCCGUCUCCUCCUCUGCAGCACUGGCGGCGGCGGCCGCUGCGGCCGCUGCUGCCAGCUUUGGCGUCUCGGCCGGUGGCGCUAGCGGUCCCGGUUCGGCCGGCGUCGGUCCAGUGAAGAUGGUGAUCAAAAAUGGCGUCCUGAUACCGAAGCAGAAGCAGCGCCGCUACCGCACCGAGCGGCCGUUUGCGUGCGAGCACUGUUCCGCGCGGUUUACGCUGCGCUCGAACAUGGAGCGGCACAUCAAGCAGCAGCACCCGCAGUUUUGGUCCCAGCGGCAGCGCGGCGGCCAUCUGAUGCGUCGCAGUGCCGGCGGCGGUGGAGGAGGAGGAGCAGGAGGAGGAGGAGGAGCAGGAUCCGGUAGCAACAGUAGUGCGAGCAUGGUGGCGACUGCCAACAGCUCCGUCGGUUCGCUGGUGUCCGCCCUCCAGGGCGCUUUCGGUGGGGCAGGCAUGCACGGUGGCAACGCGGGAGGCGGCGCGGGCGCCAUCUCAGACCAGGUGAAGUACGCCAUCCUGGCCCAGCAGUCGGGCAAGGGGUCGGGUGCUAUGCGCGGUAGCGGUGGCAGCGGCAGUGGGCAGGAUGCGAGCCACCUGAACCCACUGCUGCACAACAUGAUCGUGCAGGGUGCGGCAGGACAGUGGAAUCAGCAGCAGCAGCAGCAGCAGCAGCAGCGUCUGAACCACCAUUACAGUCAGCAGCAGACGCCCGUCAUGUCGGCUGCCCUGGCCGGACGACGCCUGGCUGGUGGAGCGCGCGGCGAAACCGAAGAGGACGACGAGGAGGAAGACGAUCGGGGCCAGGAGCGACCCUACGAGGGGGCCACACCGAUCGUGGGUCAACGGUACCGUCGCCGUCGCCGCCGGCUGCAGUCGCAUCUCGAACAGGACAGCGAGUUUCUGCGCCGCAGCUACGACGAGACGAACGCCUAUCGAAUGGCACUGAAGGAGGAAGAGGAGGAGGAGGAGGACGAUGAGGAGCAGACAGUAAGGCAGGAACAGCGGGAGGCAUUGCUAGAGGAGCAGCAGCAGCAGCAGCACUACGACCAAGAGCACGAUGAAGAGGAAGAGGAGGAUGAGGAGGGUGCAGCACCAGGUGCGCUGGAAGAAGGCGACGAGGAGGACGAGGAGGAAGAUGCGCAGCUCGUGAUUGACGAGGAAGAGCGGGACGAGUGUGGGGAGAAGAAGAUGGCGAAGAUGCAGAUGCAGGAUGUGCCGCCCACGCCGGCCACCUCGGAGCAAGAGCUCGGACCGACCGGCGGUAGCGUUGGUCACGAGCAGCAGCAGCACGGCAGCACCUUGAACCGCAUCCUGAAGCAGAAGCUGGAAGAGCAUCGCUCAAUCGGGGACGCUGGGGAGGCUAAUAAGGGGCAGGAACAGAAGCCGACAGUGCCGCAGCAGCUCGCAGGCAAGCCGUCGAAGCAGCAGCAUCAAUCGUCGGCGGCUACCGGUUCGGCCACCGGGUCCCGCAAGGCAUCGUGUGGCAGUACCGGCAGCGUGACCAAUGCCGACGAAGCUGGCAGCGCGAGCAGCGACCUGGUGCCCGUGUCGAAGCUGCUCGACAACGCAACGAACCCCGCGCUGGAAAGCUACUUCAGCCGACCCGAGGUGCAGGUGCCACUGUCGCAGGAUCACAGCGAUGAGGAGGGCCUGGUGGCGUCCGGGUCCGCGUCCGAGAGCAACAACUCCGGCACGGACGACCCGAACCCGUCGGCGGUGGCCCUCGCGCACCAGGAGCAGAAGAAGAAGUCGGCCUACAGCCUGGCGCCGAACCGGGUCAGCUGCCCGUACUGCCAGCGCAUGUUCCCGUGGUCGAGCUCGCUGCGCCGGCACAUCCUCACGCACACCGGCCAGAAGCCAUUCAAGUGCUCCCAGUGCACGCUGCUCUUCACGACCAAGUCGAACUGCGACCGGCAUCUGCUGCGCAAACACGGUGACGUCGAGUCGGCCGUCUCCAUACCGGUGCCGAUCGACGAUCUGCUCGAUCCGAAACCGGAACCGAUCCCGGUGGCGGUGGCCGAAGCGAUGUGCAAGAUGAUCACCGGCAAGGGCAGCCGGUCCGGUGCUUCUUCUUCGUCGGCCAGGACAGAGUCACAGCAGCAGCAGCAGCAGCAGCAGCAGCAGCAGCAGCAACAACAUCAGGCACUUCCGGUGGGCUCCGCAGACGAAGACGACGAACCGCAGGCUGACGCUUCCAACGAGGAGGCAAAAAACGAGCCAAAAAACGAAGGCAGUGGAAGGCGGGGCAGCAGCGUGGUGUCGGGCGAUGCUGAGCUACCGCCAAAGUUUGCGGGCGACAAAAAGAAUGGCAGUGAGGGAGGGCAGCAGCAGGUGGCGGCGCACCGGGAAUCCGAGCAGCUGAAGGAAAAUGGCGACGGCGAAGCGGAACCUGCCCGCUACCAACACCAGCCGGACCAGGAAGACGAGUCCGACGGUGCCGCCCGGGAUACGGCGAUGGAGGAGGAAGACGAGGGCAAGGAGGAUGGCCGGUUAUCGGCGGCGGGAGGCUUCUCCGAUCUGCCGUACAAGUGCCACCUGUGCGAUGUGUCCACCGCCGAGCGUGUGUCCUGUCUGGAGCACAUCAAGCAGGCGCACCCGCAGGAGUUCACCACGCUGAUGGCGAAGGUGUCGCUGGAGACUGCGUCCGCGUCGGCGACCGAGAGCGAGGCGCACACCGGCUCCCCGGACGACGACGAGAGUGGCACCAACAACAACAAUAACAACAACAACAACAAUAAUAACAACAACAACAACGGUGGCAAGUAUCUCGACUAUGCCAAUCGGAAGGUUAUCUGCGCAUUCUGUGUGCGUCGCUUCUGGUCGGCGGAAGACCUGAGACGGCAUAUGCGGACGCACUCCGGCGAGCGCCCGUUUCAGUGCGACGUCUGCGACCGGCGCUUCACCCUCAAGCACAGCAUGCUGCGCCACCGGAAGAAGCACUCGACCGGAGGCGGCGGCGGCGGCGGCAGUAAUGGAAAUGCCUCCCCCGCCUCCUCCUCCUCGUGUUCGUCCGGGCGGCGUCCUAGUGCGGCGGGCCGUCGCACCAACAGCCACCAGCAGCCGGACGUCCUCAGAGGGCAGUCGAACGGGCACGACGAUCCGAACAACAGCGGCACCGAUCUUACCGACGACGAGUAUGAAGACGCGGAGUGCUCCAGUCCACCAAUGUCUAACCACAGCCACCACCACCAGCAGCAGCAGCAGCCGUACGACUAUAACCACCAUCUCCACGAUACCGCUGCGGAGAUCCACACGGCGUCAGCAGCAGCAGCAGCAGCAGCAGCAUCGGCCCCCAUUAUUGGAGGCAAGCGCUACCAUUCUCACUUCCAGCAGCCGCAGCAGCACUCGGAGCUGAUCGGCAACCUGCUCGGCAUCAGCGACCAGGGCAUCCUGAGCCGGGUGCUGCUGUCGUCCGCGUCCGAAGCUGCCAAGCUGCUCGGUGUGGACAAGUGAGACGCGGCUUGCUUGUUUGUUUGUUUGUUUUUGCUUUCUUUGUGUACAUUACAUUCCUUAUCGUUAAGCUUAGCAUGUAAGACACACACGGCGAAAGAAGAGGGCACAGUUUUAGCUACUACUUUUUAACACAAACGCAAAACACUCGAUACAUCGAAAAUGACUCAAGCGUAGCGUGCGCCAACUUUGAAGAGAGAGAAAAAAACCGUUGUAGCGGUGCCUAGAAGUGCGCAAAGUAUUGUAUAAAUAUGUUUCUUUUUAACCAUGGCAUCUCCCGGGGCCACAGAUAGCGAGCACAUUAGUUGAAGUGUACUAGUUAUUAGAUGGAAUAGAUUUUUUUGUUUUAUUAUUAUUAAAAUUAAUUGUGGUUAGAUAAUCGGAAAAUGCACGCGCGUAGCAUGCGGCAUUCCCCUCCCCAAAAGCAUAAUCAAAACUAAAAUAUUACUUAAUAUAUUUAUACUCCUAUAUUCUAACUUACAACAUAUUGCACAGCUAAAUAUUAUUACGCCUUGGGUUCCAUUAGAGCACGUUUCUCGUAUUAGGCGGAGUGCAUGAAAGAUCAAAUAACCCAAAAGCGAGAAAAGGCACACUGAUAGCAACAUGCGUUGCUUUAAACGGUUUAAUUUUGAUAGCGCGUGCGGCUGUGUGUGAGCAAGCGUGCUAUUUCCCUGCCCAAACUAAUUAUAACUUUUUGUUGCUUGAUUUUAAUUACCCUAGUAAUAGUUGAGCCGGUCUGGUGGUACAGUCGUCAACUCGAACGACUUAACAACACGCCCGUCAUGGGUUCAAGCCCCGAAUAGACCGUGCUCCCAUACGUAGGA